UCCAUCACCAAUUGCCGCUGUCACGCGCUUCGCCGCAAUGCCAUUCACCCAGCUGGUUUCAUCCCUUCACAACCUGUGUAAGUCAUCGUGGCGGCCCAGUUGCAGUGGCGGCUAAGAAUUUGCGUCGUCAGCAUUGCAUCAAGAGGCGAUUUCACGAACAUGGCAAAUCUUCCGAUGUCGUCUGUCUUCGUAGCGAUGAUCGCCACUGCUGACCAUGGCCUGCACCAUUGUCUGGGGAACCAUUUCACGAUGGACUCAUCAUAGUGACAUGUGCUCUGGCCUUUGAGGUUCAAGCGUUUCGGCCAGAGCGACAGCUGCUCGAGUUAUCUGCUGAUUGCGCGCUGGACCUGCUUCCCACCGCGCCCGGUAAGCUUACAGACCGAUGGCACGUGUUGGCAGCCGGGGUUCCUCUUUGCUCGCAUUGUGCGCUCUCUUUGCGCUGAGCGGCGCGCUGCUUUCUUGUGGAAGCUCGUUUGUCGCCCCUCGGUCCAUUCGUCAGCAGGACGCGCAGAGCACGCAGACCAGCGGCAUGGUGGCAGGACCAAAGGCAGUCGACUCCAAGACAGGGCAGCGGACCGCGAUGCAGUUCUUCUCCGGGGAGCCGACGCCGCCGCCAAAGCCGAAGGAGAAGCCCUUCAAGCUCCCGCCGUUCUUCACCACUCUCGCGUCCCUGGCCGUCGUCGUCGGCGGCUGCUUCUACUUCCUCAACAACGCCUAGUAAGGGCCGAGUUGCGUGAGGGGCAUGGCACCGUCCUGGCUGAACACGCCAUGAGAAGGAGACGUGUUGUUUCAACAGCGGGGUGGAACUCGGCAAGACAUUUUUCAUGCUGGCCCUCAGGGCCGCUUUUUUCGUCAGAGGCUUAGGAAUCCGCGAGGUGCCUGUGCUAGCCCUUCCCGCGAUGUUUAGUCGCUGCCACCCGGCAAUUUGAAAGAGCGCGCUCUGUGGACGCUGAGGGGCUCGAACGGGGGGGGGGGGUAUUUAUUCCAAGCAAGCGCAGCGCCCACGAAGCGCGUUCUCUCGGAAAUCUGAACCUCGAGGCCUAGUCAGUUGCGUGCGCGACGCAUGAUAAAGUGGACGUCUGAAAAAGUGCAGUGCGUAUGAGUGCACUCAGCCACUCUAUUUCCCCUUCCGCCCUGCCGUUUCCUCAUCCCCCUC